UAUGACAUUCAUUUCCAAAAACAUCUCUUAGCUGCAUUUUGUUUGGUUUCUUCUACACGUUUGAAAGGAGUAGGCUAAAGAUCCACCAGCUAACGUUAGUUCAGAGCUCUAUCCACCGGACAUCGUGGGAACUUUCUGCUGCGGAGGUGAAACGUAAACGAAACUUAAUGAGUUAAUGGUGCGGACGCUAUGGCCAUAGCCGUGCGUAAUGGCCGUCCGUAAUGACAGCUGUUCUGGGACCGUUGAAGAACCUCGCCGAUGCGACACAGUUGUAAUAGCUAUCACCUGCCUGUUUGUGUUGGAGGGAAGAGAGGAGUUGACAACCGCUCUAUUUAAAACCACACACUGUCAGAGUCAGUGUAAUGUGAGCUUCCCUGGCUCUGUCUGUGUGGGAGCAGCGCAGUAUCACACACCCCGUCAAUUCUCACCUACACAUGCAUGAAGAAAGAGUCUCCCCAGGUGUUGGGAAGCAGAUUACUGCCCUGCUGUUCUGUACCAUGAAUGAUGAGCCAUGGACCAGAUCACUUUCCAGCAUGAUACUGUGCUGUCUGAUAUUCAUAUGCUUCUGCCCAACGCACACCACCUUAUGACACGCCUCAAUGGUGUUGGACAGCCCGUCUUCAUCUCUAAAUUCAAGAUCAUCUCAGAUGGUGAAAGGCAUGACAGAAAUGAUCCAGGGAAAGGUUUGAAGGAGGUGGAGGAAUACGAUAAAAAAAAGGAAGACGGGGGAAAAGACACAAAAGUCGCACAAGGAAAAGAUGGAGAGGAAGGCGGGAAAGGAAAUGUGGAACCAUUUUUGGAUGAGGACGGAGACCUUGACAUCAUGCAUCGCCCGAGGACAAACCCUAAGGAGGACAGUGGCCGAGAUGCGGUCUGUCCUGUCAUUCUCCAACAGUCCAACCCUGUCCUGGAACAAGAAGAGGGGGAUACGGAUGAUGAAGAUGAUAAGCCUUUAAACAUUAUAAAGAUUGAGCACACUAUGGCCACACCCCUGGAGGAUGUUGGCAAACAGGUGUGGCGAGGGGCAUUAUUCUUGGCUGACUUUAUCGUCUCUAAACCACACAUAUUCAGAGGAGCCACAGUCCUGGAGCUGGGAGCGGGAACCGGCUUAACCAGCAUCAUUAUGGCAACCAUAGCCAAAACAGUGUACUGCACAGAUGUGGGAGAAGACCUUUUAAGCAUGUGCAAGAAAAAUGUGACAUUAAAUAGACACAUGAUGGAGCCUGCAGGUGGUAAUGUGAGAGUGAAACAGUUGGAUUGGCUCCAGUGUGACCUCUGUACAGAUGCUGACAUGGAGUUUAGCUGGACAGAGGAGGAAGUAGCAGAUAUUUACAACAACACUAAGAUUAUCAUCGCUGCUGACGUUUGCUAUGAUGAUGAUCUGACAGAUGGCCUUUUCCGAACACUGUACCGACUCUGCUGUAGCUUUUCUCACACCUGCACAAUCUUCAUCUCCAUAGAGAAAAGGAUGAACUUCACCCUGCGACACAUGGAUGUUUCCUGUGAUGCCUACAACCAUUUCCGCCACUGUCUGUUCCAACUCCAGGACCUGGUGGAUGGACGAUGCAGCUUUCGAGUGGAACAGCUCCCUUCUAACUUCGCUCACUUUCUUCUGUAUGAACGCAUAGAGCAACUGGUUCGAAAGACACACACAUGCACAAACAGGACCUAUACAUGCACAAGGUGGAGAGAUGUCGGAGUGGGGGGGCUGCCUCUCACUCGAGAGUCCGGACUUCGCAAGAAUGGGAGGACGGGAGUACAGUCAUUUCUGCUUUUGGAACAGCAGCAAACGUGAUGAUGUCACCACUUCCGCUCGCCUUGGCUGUUGUAGCCUACUGUAUUGUAUGCAUUUAGAAUAAAACAAUAUAAACACAGCCCAGCCCUGCAUCUUUUCAUCUUUAGAAAUUAAUAUGUGUAUGUUUUUAACGUUUCAACAUAUAUAACUGACGC